UAUCAAUAGGAAAGCUUGAUAUUAAACACAGAUACCACAGUGCCGAAUAAAGGUCGAACGAUAUUAAUUUUAUUUGUACCCGAUGGCGAUUCAUUAACCUAUAAUUGCAAUGGAAUCUCGACUUAUUGACACUAUUUUCGCAACUCUUUUGAAUUUCAUGUUUCCAAUUAGGAUGUUGCUUAGAACAUAUUCUCUGUGCAUCUUGAUGAUAGACAUUUCAUGGGUUGUGGUUAACGGAAUAUACGCAAUUCUGCAGGCAAUUUUUGAAUUGUUGAGACCACCGCCUUUGAAACCUGUGAGACUUGAGACUGCUCUGGUUAUCGGUUCCGGACGUGGGGUAGGCCGUCAGAUUGCCAUCCAGCUGGCUGAUCUCGAUGCGAUAGUUCUCUGCGUGGAUAAAAAUAAGAGCAAUAAUGAUGAUACAGUGCAAAUAAUAAAACGAAAUGGUGGUUCAGCUGUCAGUUACACUUGUGACAUAACAAAACGAGACAAUGUAAACAACUUGGCUAGCCAAGUUAAAAAGGACAUUGGUGUUGUCAGUAUGUUAUUUUAUUGUUGUGGAAUACCAAGCCCGAGAUCCUUAUUAACCCAACCUCCACAAGAUAUUCAUGAUACUUUGGACCUAACAUUGACAUCAUACUUUUGGCUGUUGGAUCACUUUUUACCGGGUAUGAAAACAAAGAAUCAUGGACAUGUAGUAGCUCUAACAUCAGUAGCCGGACUAAGUUAUAUUAAAGAUCAGAUGCCACUUAGUGUAGCUCAAUUCGCUGUUCAGGGUCUUGCCGAAUCAUUAAUGGAAGAUCUGCGAAUAAAUAAGAUAAAUGGAGUUCAUGUCACACUUGUACAUGUAUACCCUUUCAUUGUCAACUCGGAUAGCUCGGAUUUGAGACUAAGAAUUCCUAGUUACUUUGGCACAAUAUCACCCAGUGAAGCUGCAAAAUCAAUCUUAGAGAGCGUUCGUCGAAAUUACCCUGAAGCUUCAGUACCAAAGCACCUGCUGUACCUCGGACACCUCCUGCGAGUCCUGCCGCGGAAGGCGACUGUUCUCAUCAGGGAUUUAUUAGAUACCGGAGUAGACUUUGCUUAAUUCUAGAAUUCAAAAUUUUAGUAGAAAACCAUAAUUGUGCAUUUAUUAAACAUCUUUUUGAAUUUAUGCAAAAUGUUAGAUUUCAUGCAACAUUCUUAUAUUACAUGAAAUUUAAUAAUCUUUUUUAUAAAUUCGUGUAAAAACACACAAUCUAACCGACAUUCCAUAAAAUUAAAGAAAAUUGUGUCUCAUGCGGUGAUAAUAAUUAAGACGUAUGGUCAGACCAAAUAAAAUUAGGUCUUAAAAUACGUGUUAAUUGGAAAAUAAAUCUUUUAGAAAUAAGAUAUGUUAAUAUUUUUGGAAAUUCGUUUU